AUGAUUAUGGAAUCUUCGUCGUCGAAGAAAAAUGACAUUGGACAAGAACAGCGUCGAAUACAUUUAUUAAACGAUCCUAAUUAUGGACUUGUUCUUUGUUUCUUGGAUAAGUUUCGAACCGUACUUGAUCUACCUCAUUAUCCUUACCAAUUAUUCGAAGAUCACUUGGUACAUAAUCAAGAAUCAAGUCCACCACGUCUAAUUGAUUUUCAUUUUGUUCUUCUCAAACGAAUAUCUUUAGCGAAAAAAGUUCAACGAGAGAAAUUCGACUCGAUCAUUACUAAAUUUAUGUCUCGAUCUGAUCCAUUGGAUAGCGAGCAAUUGACAGCAACCGGUUACUCACAAGCAGAUGUCAAUCUGAAAAUCCGAAUUAUAAAAAAUCUACUGGAAAGUCAAUUCGAUUCGAAUCAAACUUUCAAAGCGACAUUCAUUGAACAGUCAGCGUGUGAACUACGAUCAUUGCCACUUGGCCGUGAUCGAUUUGGUGCUGCCUAUUGGUUUUUCAUGGAUAACGAUGGUUUCGUACGAUUAUUUCGGGAAGAUAUCAAUGAUGAUCGCACAUGGACUAUCAUUGCCAAAAAUCGAAACGAAUUAGAAAAUUUUGUUCAGCUAUUAGUUACUGACUCAAUCGUUCGUCAGAGAUUUUCUGAUUGGGUGAUCGAUGAUGAAGUAUUUACUGCCCUUCCACCAACGAAUGAAUUUGAACAGUACUAUGUACCGAUUCAAGCAAAUCUCCGAGAUGAAGAGAAGAAAGUGGUAAAGUGUCCGAAACGAAAACGAGGACGACCAAAAUGCUUUACCAAAUCACGAAAGAAGAAGAAGAUUUCUGUUGCAGUCUCAGAUGAGCAGGAGAAGUCUGAUGUUGAAAUCGAACAAGAGGAACCACAGAUUCGUCAAGAGCAAAAAAUUAGAUCUACUAUCGAUGAAAGUCAACAUGAGGAAACAUCUCUCGAUGAAAUGAGUCUUGCAGUACGUCGAUCAUCACGAACACGAACACGAAAAGUGCCAACAAUCGAACCUAUUUCUCAGAUGCCUGGUCGCACAACAAAAAUAUCAGCAGUUCGUCGUCGCCAACGCCGACCUAAAAGAAGAGCUACUCGUCGAAAUACUGAUGAUUAUCUAUGUUUAUCGACAUCGAGCUCUGAUGAGCAUGUAGAUGAUAUAUCUGAAGAUGAAGAUGAGUACGUCUAUCCAGUUGAGGCUGAAGAUCAUUUUUUUGAUCUUGAAGAAGAGAACGACAGUACCGCUGAUAAAGAAUUUCACACAGCUAAAACUGCACAAAAUUCCACAAUAAUUACAUCUUGUUUCAUCUGCUCAAACAGCGAUCGACCGGAAAUUUUAUUACUCUGCGAUGGUUGUAAUGAUGCAUACCAUUUGGACUGUCUCACUCCAAUACUUGUAUCAGUUCCUGAUGGCGAUUGGUAUUGCCCAUUGUGUGAACAUAGACAGUUGGCAAAUCGUUUAAUAGCAAAGCUGAAAGACUUGAUAAACAAUUUGAAUUUGAUCGAAACCAAACAACGAAUUCGUUUGUUGAGAAAAACUUCCCAGCGAAAAAUCAAAGUGAAAGAUUAUAGCAGUGAUGAGAGCAUAACCGCAUCUGAAUCCGAUAACAAUGACGAUUCAAUGUUAUCAACUAGUCAAAUAAAUGAGAAUAGUAAUCUAUCUUCGUCGUAUUUUGAUGAUGAAAAGAGCAGCAUAAGUCAGCGCGGUCGAUAUCGACGAACGCGAUUCGAUAUUAGUAAAAUGUUCGACGACGAUUAUGAUGUUGAUAACGAUACGGAAAAGACGGAUAUUAAUUUACAAUUACCAGAAAAAAUUACUCGACUAUUACAUCGACGUGAUCGAUCAGCAAUGAAAAACGAUUCGCAACUACGAACAUUAUCGACACCUGUAUGUGAUUCCUCAUUUGAUCUCAACGAAAAGCUUGACUCGCCCCUUGUGUAUGUCAAUGGUGAUAAUGGUGUUCGUCAAACGAAAUCUGUUGUAACCAAUUCGAAACAAACGUCGAAAAUCGUCCGUCGUUGGAAUGAUGUACGACGACGUAGUCGAUUGAAAGCAUUGUAUAUGAAGUUAUCUAAUGAAACAGCUACAUCGGAUCACAUGGAUGACAAUUCCGGCCUUGGGCCAGAUGACAUUUCAUUACCUUAUUCCAAUGAUAGCAAUAGUAAUAGUGGAAUUAAAGAUGAUGAUAUUACGAUAAAUCGAACAAAACUUAGUCAAAUUCAAACAUUACCAGUAGGAUUGACAGAGAAAGGUGCAACGAGAAAUCUGAGUAAAAAAUCGGAUGCAAACUUUGACCGACUCACUCAAGAUAUUCAAAAUGCUGUAAAUGAUGCACAUUCAACAUCAAUCGGUACAUUACCAGUGACAUCGACUAUACCACAGCAACAGAUCAAGCGAAGUCAGAAAGUGAAAUUUUCACCAUAUAUGACGAAAAUUCCAUCACAUUUACCGCAACUGCCCAGUAAUGUUCAUGAUAUUUUCAAAUCUAACGAAUAUUCACUAAGUGCAAUUCAUCACUCCUCGGAUGUUCUUGACACAUGUGAUACUCAAUCAACAUCGUUAAGCAACAGCUAA